GAACCAUCUGAGCCAUGGGUUGUUGUUUUACAGUGGUCUGCUCCAACGUCUACACGGCCGACAUUGUGUUCCUGGUGGACGGAUCCUCUAGCAUUGGAAGAGCCAACUUCCAAAUGGUCCGGAACUUCAUGGAGGGGCUGGUUGCCCCUUUUGUCAAUGUGGUGGGUGAGAGAGGGGUGCGCUUUGGAGCCGUGCAGUACAGUGAUGAGCCCAGGACCGAGUUCACGUUCUCCACAUACCGCAAUGGGACAGCGGUGAUGAAGGCUGUCCGAGAGAUGGCCUACAAGUCUGGGAACACGCGGACAGGGGCAGGCUUUCGCCAUGUGGCAGAUAACUUCUUUGGAGCCAGUCAGAUCCGGCCUAAUGUUCCAAAGAUCUGCAUCCUCAUCACAGAUGGAAAGUCUCAGGAUGAAGUUGAGGGGGCAGCUGCAAAGCUGAAGGAUCAAGGCAUUAAAGUCUUUGCUGUGGGCAUCAAGAACGCGGACAGCAGCGAGCUGACCAAAGUGGCUUCCACCCCCACGGAGGAUUAUUUCUUCUUUGUCACUGACUUUAAAAUCCUCUCAACUCUCUUGCCGCUGGUGUCACGGAGGGUGUGCACCAGCACCGGGGGCAUCCUACAGCCAGCAGGUACAGAGACAUAUGGUGGCCCCUCGAAUUUGGUCUUCUUGGAGCAGGGAACAGAUAUGCUGAGGAUCCGCUGGACAGCAGCUGGUGGUCCUGUAAUAGGCUACAAAGUCCAGUAUGUGCCUCUCACAGGCUUGGGGCAGCAAAUAACAGCUGAGAGGCAGGAG